AUGCACAGAGCACUCCUCAACGUCACAAGACGGGCCGCCGCCGUCAGAAAUUUGGCAUCGACGGUCGAAGGAGACGCUUUCCGUCUCAAUGAGUACAGUUCCAAGUACUUGGGUCAUCGAAAGGCUGCAUUCACCGAAAAACUCGAAAUCAUCAACGCCGACGACACGCCAGCGAUUCCAAUCUACCGUGUCACAAAUGCAGUUGGUGACGUCAUCGACAAGUCUCAAGAUCCGAAUUUCGACGAGGAAACCGCUCUGAAAAUGUAUAAAACAAUGACUCAACUGAAUAUAAUGGAUCGUAUUCUGUACGAUUCGCAACGUCAGGGAAGAAUCUCAUUUUAUAUGACAAGUUUCGGAGAAGAGGGAAAUCACGUGGGAAGUGCUGCCGCGUUGGAUGCAAAUGAUUUGAUCUACGGACAGUAUCGAGAGGCUGGAGUACUGUUAUGGAGAGGAUAUUCGAUGGAGAAUUUCAUGAAUCAAUGCUACGGAAAUGCUGAUGAUUUGGGAAAAGGUCGCCAAAUGCCAAUGCAUUUCGGAACGAAAGAGCGUAACUUUGUGACAAUCUCCUCCCCACUGACGACUCAACUCCCUCAAGCCGUUGGAUCUGCGUACGCAUUCAAACAACAGAAGGAUAAUCAACGCAUAGUUGUUGUCUACUUUGGAGAUGGAGCUGCUUCUGAGGGUGAUGCUCACGCUGCAUUCAAUUUCGCUGCCACACUGAAAUGCCCGAUUAUCUUCUUCUGUCGUAACAAUGGAUACGCUAUCUCGACACCGACUAGCGAGCAAUACGGAGGAGAUGGAAUCGCUGGAAAAGGACCGGCUUAUGGACUUCAUACUAUUCGUGUCGACGGAAACGAUCUGCUCGCUGUGUACAAUGCCACGAAAGAGGCUCGUCGUGUCGCCCUUACUAAUCGACCAGUACUAAUCGAAGCGAUGACUUACCGUCUGGGACAUCACUCGACUUCUGACGAUUCGACUGCCUACAGAUCAGCUGAAGAAGUUGAGACAUGGGGAGACAAGGAUCAUCCGAUCACCCGUUUCAACAAGUAUAUCAGUGAACGUGGAUGGUGGAACGAAGAAAAAGAGAAAGAGUGGCAGAAGGAGGUGAAGAAGAGAGUUCUCACUGAGUUCUCAGCUGCUGAGAAAAGAAAGAAGGCUCACUAUCAUGAUCUGUUCGAAGACGUCUACGAUGAGCUGCCACUUCGUCUUCGUCUUCAACGAGAUGAGUUGGAUGCUCAUAUUGCGGAGUAUAAAGAGCACUACCCGCUGGAGGGACUUCAUGAGAAACAUCAAAAAUAA